CACAGCAAAAUAAUUCACAUCAAGGUAAUUGAUCAUGAGGCGUAUGAGAAAAACAAGAAUUGCUUCAUUGAGAUGAUGGGCCCCCGCAAGGAAAACCGUAAGGGUUAAAAUAGUAGAUGAGGAGGAAUACGAAAGGCAAGAGAAUUUCUUCAUUGUCCUUGGUGAACCGAAAUGGAUGGAACGUGGACUAUCAGCGCUCCUGUUGUCUCCAGAGGUGACAGACAGGAAGCUGACUGUGGAGGAAGAGGAAGCCAAGAGGAUAGCAGAAAUGGGAAAGCCAAUAUUGGGUGAACACCCCAAACUAGAGGUCAUCAUUGAAGAGUCCUAUGAGUUCAAGACUACCGUGGACAAGCUGAUCAGGAAGACAAACCUGGCCUUGGUUGUGGGGACCCAUUCCUGGAGGGACCAGUUCAUGGAGGCCAUCACUGUCAGUGCAGCAGGGGACGAGGAUGAGGAUGAGUCAGGUGAGGAGAGGCUGCCCUCCUGCUUUGACUACGUCAUGCACUUCCUAACGGUCUUCUGGAAGGUGCUGUUUGCCUGCGUGCCCCCCACAGAGUACUGCCACGGCUGGGCCUGCUUUGUCGUCUCCAUUCUCAUCAUCGGCAUGCUCACUGCCGUCAUCGGGGACCUGGCCUCCCACUUCGGCUGCACCAUUGGCCUCAAGGACUCCGUCACGGCUGUUGUUUUUGUGGCGUUUGGCACCUCUGUGCCAGAUACGUUUGCCAGCAAAGCAGCCGCCAUCCAGGACGUGUACGCAGAUGCCUCCAUUGGCAAUGUCACGGGCAGCAACGCCGUCAACGUCUUCCUGGGCAUCGGCCUGGCCUGGUCCGUGGCCGCCAUCUACUGGGCCCUGCAGGGACAGGAGUUCCACGUGUCAGCGGGCACGCUGGCCUUCUCCGUCACCCUCUUCACCAUCUUUGCGUUUGUGUGUGUCAGCGUGCUCUUGUACCGCCGGCGGCCCCACCUGGGCGGGGAGCUGGGCGGCCCUCGUGGCUGCAAGCUGGCCACGACUUGGCUCUUUGUGAGCCUGUGGCUUCUCUACAUACUCUUUGCCACGCUGGAAGCCUACUGCUACAUCCAGGGGUUCUGAGCCGCAGCAGCCCUGAAGAGGCAGCACCAGGACCCGAGCCCCAGCAACUUCACCCGACUAGGCCCUGGCAGUGAACUGAACGGGCGGAGUCUUAAUCAAUCCAACAGAAUGGAGGAAAUACCCAUUUUACAAAGUAUUUAAUUCAAUACAAACCAAGAGCAGCGACAAAUCCAACUCCAGCCCAUCUUCCCGCGAUGUCCCUGACCCAUCACAUAGUCAGACCCCUUCGCCACCUUCUAUUCCACCUUCUUCUGAUUUUUCCUUUGCUUCUACUUUCCGCGGGGGCAGGGUUUCUCCUGUCUGUCCAAUUUGAUACGUCACCGUUCUCUCACUCCACUGGAGAGGCUCGAAAAUGAGUCCUAGCCACGUGGAUGGCUUGGGGUUCUCUUUUCAUUGCCAUCAUUACCGUGGUGGCUUUCAUUUUCCCAUCGGGUUUUGCUCAUCAUUUGUUUGUUCAUCUUGUCUUUUCUUUCUGAGGUUAGUGACAACGGUGCUGUGAAGGAACUCGAGGUCUGAGCCGAUGGGUAGAAGCACGAACUUUCAGACACACCCUCUCCCGCUUGCACUGGGUAACAGCUGUCUCUUGCUCCAUCGAGGUCCUUUCCCCCUUCUCCUUUUACGCUCUUCAUUCUUGAAUGGACUGGUGGCAUUUGGGUGGCUGGCAGUAAGUUUGCACACCCAGGCAGGGCACUAAAGAACUGGGGCUGUGGCUGGAGCACAGCUUUCUAUCAAGCUUCUGUCGAAAUCCAAUUUAAAACAAGAAGUCAUUUCUCUCUUCCCUGCCCGAGCCUUUCAAAUUCUGUCUCGUUGUGUCAAUGUCUAUAUGUUUACCCUUCUACAGGAAGACCCACCAAGCGGGAGAUAGAGAGGGGACAAAAAUAGGAAUGGAAUAUGAUGACAUAGGGCAGCUAGGGAAACAGAAGGGCUAUAUGCCUUCUAGAACAUCUUUGGCUUCGUAUCUGAGGCAGGAGAGACGCGGUGUCCACCUAGUGAGAUCUUCAAGGGAAAAGAUGAUUAUAUGUAAAAUGUCAGUGCUUCUGAGAAAUGUCAGCUUUACCAUACCCUCACUUCCUAAUGCACCAGACUAAGAGCUCUGACUGUGUCUCUUGAUUUAAUGCAAAAACUUAGAGUUUUAUAAGAAAAUGAAGGCCUCCUUCCACCUCUCCUGGACUCUCCGGUCACAUUUGAAAGCAUUUUCACAAGACAGGAACUGGAAUUCCUCAUCUCUCCCACAUUCCUGCUUGUUUGUUUUUAAACCUCUUGAAGCUCUUUUUCCAGGCUGUGGGCUAUUUCUUGCCCCAGUAGGAGGAAUCUAAGCUGCCAUAAUCCCAUGGAGCCUGGGUUUCUAGAGAGAGUGGCGUGCCCUACAGACCUUUUCCCAACAAAUUUUGAAAGGACCUGGCUUUAAAACACACGCACACACAUACAUGCGUGCAUGCGCGCACACACACACACACACACACACACACACACACACACACAAAUAACCACACACAUGAAAUCACCAAAAGACUGCCCACAGAUCUUUAGGUUUCUGCAUUGACAUAAAUACAUUUUUUUAAGGGAAAAGAAGAAAUUAAAAAACACCUGUUUAAUUUUAAACACAUUUUUUAAGAAAAAAGAGCUGAAAAAGAAACAGUGUUCAUGUCAUAAGCUAUGUUGACAGUUGCCAGUGGAAAUGUUGGGUUGGUUUAAAAAAAAAAAAUAAAAGCUAUACUUAUAUCUCUCUAAAGACAGCUUGCUUCUCCCCAUGUUGCCUCAGGAAAAGGUCUGGGCGGGGGUCACCUUGGGUUCCUUCUGGAGCUGAAGUGGUUGAGGUGAAAGUGUCAUCUCCUAUUUGUGUCUCCUAUUUGUAUCUGUCAUCUCCUCAGAUGCCAAUGUGCCAGACCCAGGAUUUUUAAAGCAAACAAUGCUUCCGGACAAUGCCACCUGUCAAAGUCUGGACUUUAAGACGCUGGAGGACGUAAGAGGUGGAGCUGUGAUGAUUAAAGGGGAAAGAGCUUUUUGUAUUCGAAAGGCCUGCUAGGGCAGGAUUCCAGCUGGACAAACAGCGCCCUGUUAUUAAUUACCAAUAGGCACAUUCAGUCAUUCAUUUAUUCAUGACUGUUUCAACAAAUGUAUUUUGAGCACGCUGUGUGCCUUGAGCUACAUUCUGGUGCUACAGUGAAGAGUAAGAUAGA